UGAACCAAGAAAACAGCCAGUGGAAGAGGGGCUGCUGUCCUGUGCCUCAGACCCCCAGUGCUGAUAGACUUCCUGUCCAUUCUUCUGAAAGCAACAAGCUAUCUCAGAGCCCAGGUACUGUUUACAUCGUCCCGCCAGCUGGGCCCGCUGGCCUGCGUCUGUCCUGAAGACUUGCCCGCCCUCUGGCUGUGGUGGGGCCAUGGGGACCAGGAGCCACCACCUCGGCCUGAGGGUCCUGCUCCUGCUCCUUCUGCCUGCAGAGUGCCUCGGAGCUGAGGGCAGACUGGCACACAAGCUGUUUCGUGACCUGUUCGCCAACUAUACAAGUGCCCUGAGACCCGUGGCAGACACAGACCAGACUCUAAAUGUGACCCUGGAGGUGACGUUGUCUCAGAUCAUUGAUAUGGACGAGCGGAACCAGGUGCUCACCCUGUACCUGUGGGUCCGGCAGGAGUGGACAGACGCCUACCUGCGCUGGGACCCCGGAGCCUACGGCGACUUGGACGCGAUCCGCAUUCCCAGCGGCCUAGUGUGGCGGCCAGACAUCGUACUCUACAACAAGGCCGACACGCAGCCACCUGCCUCGGCCAGCACCAACGUGGUCGUGCGGCACGACGGCGCCGUGCGCUGGGACGCACCGGCCAUCACGCGCAGCUCGUGCCGCGUGGACGUGUCGGCCUUCCCGUUCGACGCGCAGCGCUGCGGCCUGACCUUCGGCUCCUGGACGCACGGCGGGCACCAGCUGGACGUACGCCCUCGGGGCACCUCCGCCGGCCUGGCCGACUUCGUGGAGAACGUUGAGUGGCGCGUGCUGGGCAUGCCGGCGCGCAGGCGCGUGCUCACCUACGGCUGCUGCUCCGAGCCCUACCCGGACGUCACCUUCACGCUGCUGCUGCGCCGCCGCGCCGCCGCCUACGUGUGCAACCUGCUGCUGCCCUGCGUCUUCAUCUCGCUGCUGGCUCCGCUGGCCUUCCACCUGCCGGCCGACUCCGGGGAGAAGGUGUCCCUGGGCGUCACCGUGCUCCUGGCGCUCACCGUCUUCCAGCUGAUCCUGGCGGAGAGCAUGCCGCCCGCGGAGAGCGUGCCGCUCAUCGGAAAGUACUACAUGGCCACUAUGACCAUGGUCACAUUCUCCACAGCACUCACCAUACUCAUCAUGAAUCUGCACUACUGUGGCCCCAGCGCACACCCAGUGCCUGCCUGGGCUCGGGUGCUCCUGUUGGGACACUUAGCCAAAGGCUUGUGUGUGCGGGAGCGAGGGGAACCCUGUGGGCAGUCCAGGCCACCAGAAUCAGCCCACAGCCUCCAGCCUCCAACUGGUCCCCCAGUGGGCCCUUGUCACGAGCCACAGUGUCUAUGCCACCAGGAAGCCCUUCUGCAUCACGUAGCUUCCAUUGCCAGCACCUUCCGCAGCCACCGGGCUGCCCAGCGCCGCCAUGAAGACUGGAAGCGCCUGGCUCGAGUGAUGGACCGCUUUUUCCUGGGCAUCUUCUUCUGCAUGGCUCUGGUCAUGAGCCUCCUCGUACUGGUGCAAGCCCUGUGAAGGCCAGGAAAGGGAUCUCAGCUGUGCUUACCUCACCACCACCCGGCAGGUGGUUGUCGGUAUUCAGAUAGGCUAGCUAGUCUCUUCGCAAAGGGCUGCUCUGAGUCAGAGACACCCCGUUAGGGCCCGGGCUUCUGACCUCACAAGCCACAAACAGCCUUCGUGAUCUACAUGCCCUAACCUAGGGGGACCUAAACCCUGCUAAUUCUCCCCUAAUUCCAAUCGUUAAAAGGUCAAAGUACAGACCUGGAGAGUAAGGCUCAGGGUCGCUGAGCAAGGUAGAGUACUCCUGUAACUCCAGCACAUGAGGGCUGCGAUAGGAGAAUUACCAUAAACACAGGACAG